GACAGUACGACGACAACCGUUCAUUAUUGAUAUAUGACCUUUGUAACAGCUUCAAUAUGAUCCUUUUGAGCACUGGUGAAACAACGCGUGUACCGAAACCUCUUACUAGCCCAAGUGCUCUUGACUGUUCGCUUUGCUCGAAUUCACUAUCAUUAGACUGCAAGUAGAAUGUAAUCCAGGAUCCCAACGGUAGUGAUCACUUGCCAAUCCUAAUUUCCAUCACCACUGGGUCGAAUUCUUCAAAAUCUAUAAACAUGGCAUAUGACCUCACAACACAUUUUUUUUUUUAUUCAAAUCGUUUAUUUUUACAGGCUCAGUUACAUAAGUUUAAAGGAGCCGAACUUCUUACUGUAUUGUUACUAGUAUAUAUACAUUUUUCCUUAAUUCUAAUGUUAAUAAUAUAGGAAACCGAUUACUCGCGGUCGACUCGAGUUUAGAAGGGUGACAUAUUUUCUUCAGGAAAAGGAGGGGAUAUGAGGAUAUGUUGACAAUGAUCUCACUCACACUCUCAAUCACACUCAUCACACUCAAUUCUUAAACCUAUCUUAUAUCUAAUAUGUAUUUACAUUUCAUCUUAUUCUUAAGAAGGGAUCCGAUCUCUCACAAAGGAAAAGGAAAAGGAAAAACUAAGGGUAUAAGGACAAUCACACACGAAGAUCGAUAGCUUCAAGGAAUACAUAUAUUUGGGACAUGUAAUCAAGGUCUAACCGAGCCAACACGUCUCUCACCGGCAGCAUGGGCUGCCUUCCUCGGGCCCGAAGGGUGUCUUCUAAAUUCGAUCUGGCGACAAGGUACAGCUCGCACGACCAAACAACGUGCUCGAUCACGUGAUAACCUUGGCCACAAACACAAAGAUUGUUGUCGGCAAGAUAAAUACGAAAGAGUAGCGCAUCUAACGAACAGUGAUUGGACAUGAGUCGGGAGAAGGUGCGAAUAAAGUCCCGACUCAAGUCCAGACUUUUGAACCAUGGUUUGAGGCUAACCUUAGGGAUAAUCGAGUAGAGCCACCGGCCCAAUUCAUCUUCGUUCCAUUUGCGUUACCAGUUAACUAUGGUAUUUUUGCGGACUAAAGAAUAAAAUUCAUUGAAGGCGAUUUGACGCUGAUAAAUAUCGCCUUCAAUUGCACCUACCUUUGCUAAUGAGUCAGUCCUCUCAUUACCCGGAAUUGAGCAAUGUGAAGGGACCCAGACAAAGGUAAUAACAUAACAGCGUCUGGAUAAAGCACUCAAAAUUUCUCGUAUUCUCUCAAGGAAGUACGGCGAGUGCUUUUCCGGCCUCACUGAACGGAUAGCUUCGACAGAGCUAAGACUAAAUAUCCGUUACAAUGUAAGGCUAGGCGCAAAUUGAGAAGCGUAUAGCGCUCGUAAGCGAACACGAGACUAUCAACACGACUCAUACGUGACACAAACGUAGCGUGGUGGAGCGCAUAUUGAGUCUCAGUUUGGUGUAAACAACGUGCCACUCGCAUAAAAUGUCUGAUUCACACAGAGUUGUGUGAUAUAUUUAUUUACUAACACAACCUUCCGACCGGUACAACCAUACAGUAUCAGACUCACGGCGCUAUAUGAUUGUUCGCCAACACAACCACCACAACCGGAAUCAGCAGCACGAGAAACUGUGGCUCAGCCACAGCGUCGAGCGAGUCGUGUCUCACGAGCGCUCCACCAUCUCGCGACGUCUGGCCAACUUGCACCGUUCCAUCUGUUUUCAUUAGCCACAAAGACAGGCGCUAUAUCGCGCUAAGUUACGCGCGCUAUACGCGUCUCAAUUUGCGCCUAGCCUAAUAGUGAUCAACAGGUCGUGAGGCGACGCUGUCCAGCACCCAGUAUAUCGCUGCUAUUGGAAGAUCACGGUUGGGAAUUGGAAGAUCAUGGUUGGGAAUAUACGAAGAACCCAGCAAACAUUAAAUCGUAUAACUUUGCACAUGAUAAGUCACAUAUAAUUUCGUAUCAAAUCACAAUCGCAUAAAAUAUCAAUCAAAAUAUCGAUCAUAUAUAUCUAAAAUCGCAUAAAAUGCAAAAACACGAUUUUCCAUGUCAUCGAUGGAUUGAGUGGUAACGUUGUCGUAUCAAAUCGCAUAUCAGUCCAAAAAGCAUCACAUAUCGUUAUAUACGGCUUUAUAUGCGUACAAAAUAUGGCAUAUACGUAUAUCGCCUCCACUUUUGUGUGUAUAUGCUAGUUAUCUGCAUCAUAUAUCAUACAAAUGUGUCUUGGUUGUAUGUAUAUCGCCUCCAAUUAUAGCUAUUCAUACGACUUAAUGUUUGCUGGGAAGGAUCAACCUGCAUGAGGAUGAAUUCAUGAUAUGGACUCAUGAACCCAGAUUGAAAAGCUCGAUCAGCUGUUCAAAAUUUCCGAUCACCAAAAACAAGACACAUUGACUGGAAAGAAUAUGCGGACGCAAUUGCUCUAACCAUCAAUUUCAGAGAUGGUUUACCUCCACUGGAGGAGUAUAACUUCCUUUCGCGUUUGAUCUAUGACAGCGCAGUUUGCGCUCAAACGAAACCCAUCCCAGGUUCCACCAUUCGUCGAAGGCCUCUCAAUCCAUAGGUGGAUAGCCAGUAUUCCAAGCUUUAAGUAGAAAAAUCGAAUGCAUUCAAAGCUUUUCGGAAACGUGGAAUCGUUGAGAAUUUUCAAACGUAUUUAGCCCUUGAAAAUCAAUUUAAAAACAAAGGGGAAAAACGUGCUUAUUGGGGAAAUUUCCUGGGAGGUUUGUCACGAGAAACGUCAAUGAAAAAGUAAUGGAAAGUGGCUCGAAACAUGAGAAACAAAUGAAAGCGAGGAAUAUUCACAUUUUAAUUUUGCACGGAAGGUUUGUUCCGAUUCCGUUCCCGUGCAAACAAUUGUUCGAGACAUGCCGAUCUUGAUUUAGAGAUUUCGAUGGUAGAAUUCCUUUCUCCUGUCCUUUCUUGUAUCGAUUCUGCUCCAGGAUCGGAUAGAAUUAAAUUCAACUUGCUGAAAAACCUGAAAUGUGGCGAAACAUCGCUUGUUGAAUUUAGUUUCUGGAACAUAAUAUUUUUCCAGAUGAUUGGAGACAAGUUCGAGUUUUUUUUUCAAGUUCGAGUUAUAGUUAUUCAAAAACCCGGAAAGUCCGCGUCCGAUUUCAAUUCGCACCGCCCAAUAGCAAGGCUGACUUGUAUUCGGAAAGUGUUAGAAAAAUUAUCUUGUUUCGCCUUGUUCGAUGGAUAGAAACAAAUGGCCUAUUCUCAGAUACACAAUAUGGGUUCCGCAGGGGUAAGGGGACGAAUGAAAUGUCUUGAGUUGCUUUCUUCAGAAAUUCAAAUUGCUAACGCCCAAAAAAAGGCAAAUGGCUUCAGUAUUUUUGGAUAUAAAGAUUCUGCUUCAAUAGAGGAUUUGGCAGACAAAUCAUACUCUCGGGGUUUAUUUACCACCUCUAUUGAAUAACAUGUUGUGUAACUUGCUUUGCGAGAAACAUUUGAAUUUCGGGUAUUUGUUGCAUUUGGGUAAAUGUGCUUCGGGUAAUUGACACAAAAAAGAAUUGGCAUAUAGGUAUCUCGACGUUUUCAAUUCUUAUCCUUUCUGAAUCUAUAGUUAUUGUGAUUUCUUUAUGCAGUUUUACAAGCUUCUCAAGUUAUUACCGAAACUUUAUUGGAGUUUCUAUUUGAUAUGUUUCUCUCUUCCGCCCUAAGAGCGUAAAACUCUUAUCGUUGCAACGAUAACAAACAAAACUGAAAUGUAUGGAUGUACUGAUUGUUGUUGUGGCACUUGCAUAAAAUUCUAUGUUAGCCACUAUUGGAACUCGCACGGAAAUCUCACAAUCGUACUGUCAACACAUUGUCCGUUUUGUCAGGAGGCGACAGUCGGCGACAAUAACCCAACCGGCAGCAAUAACAACUAUUGUGCAAUACCGAAGCUUUCCUCGGAAUGUGAAAAUGGUGAAGCAAGUGAAGUUAAUUACAGCUUAGUUAGAAGCAAUUCGAGACCGUCAACCGGGGCUAGCUACGGAGGCGCUCCUGGUGGUGGUGGCAGCGACGACAUCAGAUUGCUGUCCCCCAACAAUUCCCGCUCCAGCAUGUCCCAAUCGCCGGCCCAUCUAACACCGGUUCGUCAGAAGGCGGACUCGCUCUGCUCCCAGGAGGAGCUGGAUGAAAUUAGCGUCUACUUCGACGAGCACUCGGCAUCGAUCGAGCGUUGGCUGCGGGAGCGAGCCCCGACCGAAUUCAUCGCCAGGCUGCAGUCAAUUAGCACCGAUGUGGUCGCCAAGUCACCCCGAUUGCCGCAUCGGGCUUCCGUUACGUCCGAUUUGUUCCAGCAGUGGCUUGUUUCGUCGCCGAUAAAGAAAUGCAUUUCACCCACCUCCCGCGGUUCCAUCUCGAACCGCAGCCACCUUGCCGAAAUGGAUGAGGGCGAGCUGUUCAUGGAACUGAUUCGGGAUGUGGCCAACGAGCUGGACAUCGACGUCCUGUGCCACAAGAUUCUAGUCAACGUUAGCCUGCUGACCCAUGCGGAUCGCGGCUCUCUUUUCCUAGUCAAAGGACCCCCGAACGGGAAAUAUCUGGUGGCGAAAUUAUUCGACGUCACACAAAAUACGCCUCUCGACGAGGCGGUUCGACGGGCCAAACAGGAUGAGCUCAUCAUACCCUUCGGCGUUGGCAUUGCGGGAACCGUUGCUCAAACGAACGAAACCAUCAACAUCAAAGAGGCCUACAAGGAUCCACGCUUCAACAGCGAGAUAGACCAGAAAACGGGCUACAAAACGAACAUCAUUCUGUCGAUGCCGAUUUGCAACUACGAGGGACAGGUUAUUGGUGUGGCUCAGAUUAUCAACAAAACUAACGGAUCGCCCGAGUUUACCGAGCGGGACGUGGAAAUUUUCCGCCGAUAUUUGACUUUCUGUGGUAUUGGCAUCCAGAAUGCACAGCUUUUCGAAAUGUCCGUCCAGGAGUAUCGGCGGAAUCAGAUACUGCUGAACCUGGCGAGAAAUAUUUUCGCCGAACAAAACAACCUCGAAUGCCUGGUAACCAAAAUCAUGACCGAAGCGCGUGAGCUGCUCAAGUGCGAACGAUGUGCCGUGUUCCUGCUGGAUCUGGACUGUGGCGAAGCGAGUGCAUGCUUAGACCUGGAACAUUAUCAGUAUAGAUUCAAGAACCAUCUGGAGCGGAUGUUGGACCGACCGGAGAAGACACAUCAGACGCUAUCGCGCCGCACGAGCCACAGUGUUGACGUGGAGGACGUGGUGGAGCAGAAAUCCUCCGCUUCCCGCUUCACAAUGAUUUUUGAGCUGGGAAGCAACAACCCGUCGGCGGCGAAUAUUUCACGCCCAUCGGUGAAUGAUCUGAACAGCUCCACGUUGGCCCAAAUAGCCGAGUAUGUGGCCAGCACUGGCGACACGCUGAACAUCCACGACGUCAACGAAUGGCUCAAGGACAAACCAAUUUAUCAUCCACAGCAACAGCAACAGCAGGCAGGCAACGAUGGCCAGCAGGGCUCUUCCGGCAACCCGGACGAUCUCAGCGCCAAAUCCAUCCUCUGCAUGCCGAUCAUCAAUGGACAGAAGACUGUGAUUGGAGUCGCUCAAUUAAUCAAUAAGGAAAAUGAUCUACAAUUUACAAGCUGUGAUAUUUCGAUCUUCGAGGCGUUUGCGAUCUUCUGCGGGCUGGGUAUCCACAACACGCAGAUGUACGAGAGCGCCUGCAAACUGAUGGCCAAGCAGAAGGUGGCUUUGGAGUGUUUAUCCUAUCACGCUACGGCCUCCCAGGACCAGACGCUGAGACUAGUCAACGACACCAUCGCCACGGCGGAAGAGUACAAACUGUACAGUUUUAAAUUUAUCGAUUUCGACCUGGACGAUGACGAUACAUGCCGGGCAGCAGUACGGAUGUUCCUUCAGUGCAACCUGGUGCAACAGUUCCAUAUUCCCUACGAUGUUCUGUGCCGGUGGAUUCUGAGUGUGCGAAAAAAUUAUCGCCCGGUCAAGUAUCACAAUUGGCGCCAUGCCCUAAACGUGGCCCAGACGAUGUUUGCCAUGAUGAAGACCGGCAAAAUGGAGCGCUUUGUGACGGACCUGGAGAUCCUUGGGCUGCUGGUGGCUUGCUUUUGCCACGAUUUGGACCACCGGGGUACGAACAAUGCGUUCCAGUCGAAAACCGACAGCCCCUUGGCCAUCCUAUACACCACCAGCACGAUGGAGCAUCACCACUUCGAUCAGUGCGUGAUGAUACUCAAUUCGGAGGGAAAUAACAUCUUUCAGGCCCUUUCCCCGGACGACUUCCGGACGGUCAUGAGAACCGUCGAAUCAGCUAUUCUAUCCACGGAUUUGGCAAUGUACUUCAAGAAGCGCAAUCAAUUCCUGGAGCUCGUUGAGGGUGGCGAGUUCGACUGGCAAAGCGAGGAGAAGAAAGAAGUGCUCUGCGGCAUGAUGAUGACCGCGUGUGAUGUGAGUGCGAUUGCGAAGCCCUGGGAGGUCCAGCAUCGGGUGGCCAAACUGGUGGCGGACGAGUUCUUCGACCAGGGCGAUCUGGAAAAGCUGCAGCUCAAUCAACAGCCCGUGGCGAUGAUGGAUCGCGAACGCAAGGACGAACUCCCGAAGAUGCAGGUUGGCUUUAUUGACGUCAUCUGCCUACCGCUGUAUAAGGUGCUUUCCGAGGCGUUCCCUUGGAUUCGACCUCUGUACGAGGGCACGAUGGAUAACCGACAGCACUGGCAGGAUCUAGCGGAGAAGGUUGAAAUGGGCCUAACCUGGAUCGAUCACGACACUAUUGACAAACCGGUGGAGGAGUUUGCCUCUGGAAAGGAAGCUCUAGCCGACAUCGAGUUUACCGUGACAACGCUGAACUGUGCCCAUCCGGAAGAAAAGACUGACACUACGCCGGUUCAUGAGCGGAAGCCUCGCUUCAGCAGUCUUCGUAAGACCGGUGCCCUCGGGAAGGCCGUCCGAAACAAACUGUCCAAGUCUGUGUACAGCAGUCAAACCGCAAUCGGUGCGGGCGGGGUUGCAGGUUCAACUGAACGACCAUCUUCCGGGGCUACUAGUUCUUCGAUAAGCUCAAGGUCGCAUGACGACGAACGACAGACGAACGCCGAUGGACAUAUCGAUGGCGAAGCCAAUCACCACCAAAAAACUCCCUUCUCCGCUGGAAGCACUGCAUCGGCGGGUUCAGUUGUAACCAAUAACGCUCACGGAACGACACCUACCGACUUGGAUGGUGUCAAAUCGUCCUCUGCGAUUAAACCGGUGAAGAAACGCUCCAAGUUGUGUAUGCUUUUGUGACCGAAGCAUUUCGACGAGAACUCCGAACUCGAAGUGGCCCCCAGCACCGACAAGGAGAACUCAGUCUAGAUUGUUUCGACAGGACUCAUGCUGUCGGCUGUGUUUAGAUGUAGACUAUUUGCUGUGCUGUGUCAGACCAUGCGAAUUAGUAUUAACUGGAAAACCCCAAACAAGUAAAUGUGUGGUAUCGUGGAAUGAAAACACAAAUACCUAAAUGUCAAUCAAAAUGUCCCUUUUUUGGAGGAAUGUAUUUUAUAUACAUGUUUGAUCGGUAACUCAACUCCCGCUAUCAAGUUAUACUUCAAAAUGCAAUACCUAGAUUGUAACAAAAAUCAAACAAACAAAGCUCCAAGUGAUGUGCGAUAACCAAAACUCUAGCCCGAGUGAAACUGAACAAACACAUUCGCAAACCUUUGUAAGAUAGAAAAAAAAAUCUUUACGGUGCUUUCUUUACUUAGUGGUAGACUAGUACUUUUAACAUUCUUGCUAUGAUAAGCGCGAUAGACCCUGGAUAACUCGGAUCCAGAUGGAGGAUGCAUAUAUCUUUCUCUCUGUAGGCUAGUUUAACUCCAUCUAUACUCACCUGUUGUUUUUAAGCUAUCCUUAGGCACGUCAAUUGUUACUUACUUCUCUGAACUAGAGGAAGAAUUUGUGUUGAACACAAGUCAACGUGUAACUAGUCAUUAGAGAGCGCAUAGAUAUUUAGGAAAUAGGCUGCUAUCUGUAGGGACUGAGAGAAAUGACAUUCUCUAUGGAUGAUUCUAUCGAUAUUCGAGUGUUAAGUUGAGCAUUUACACACCCAUGAACCUCAAUCAUUGUUAUUUAUGGAACAUAGUUUAAUUAAUUAAUUCGCUCAAGUUUGGUUGGCAAUGGAACCGUUUGUAGGAUUAAAAGUUUUACGAUGAAGGCCUCCAGGAAACGACAAUUCAGUGGAAUGUAUGUUCGCUGAUUUCACAUGCUCAUUCAGAAGGAAAAAAAUAAACUACACUGUGGUGCUGAGUUAUCGUUUACUUUCGCAGAUGAGGAAGUCUUCAGAUCAGACGAGGCCCGAUUGUGCAUGAAAGUUAUAGUUUAUUCUUUAUUAUACCCCCAAACCGUAACUGAUGUAAACGACGACUACUCCUCAAAAUGAUGUGAACAUCUUUCGAAAAGUUAAUUCAAUGCGCUAUCAACACUUAACCGCAAAAAAAAAACACAACACGAGGCUGGAAAACAGGAUCAAACAUGUUCGUUGCUUGUUUGUCGCUUGGAGACUAACAAGACAACGGAGGAUGGAAAUUACGUUGGUCGCCCAGAUUGUAUUCCACUGUUGCUGCUUUACUGGGACACUUCUUAAAAAAACUUACAAUAUAACUCUUUUAAUUGUCACAAACAGAAUGAUUAAAAAACUUAAAACCACAGGUUUUGUAUUAUAGAGACUUUAAACUUUUCAGUUCAUUCGUCUCUAGCCUUGAGAAAGGCCCUUGGAAAACUUUACUCCAGCAUUACACGUCCGCCCUUACUGCCUUGAGAAAGACACUCGAUCCCUCGCCGUCCAGCUCGUCCAGCAAUGAUGUUGUCCAGCCGGUGUUCACGCAACGAAUGACUUCUCAUAUGUGCGUGUGUAUGCAAUUGUAUCGCCGAGCGCAUGCCUAUUGCACACCGAUUGCAUCAUCAUUUUCUCCACCCGAUGAUUCGUCUCUUAUUCGUUCGUUUUCUUCUCGGGAUGCAUUCGUCGCGAACAUGUUUAUUUAUUUAGGCUCAUUAGCAAUUUAGAUGAAACAGAGAAGGGCUUUAAUAGUGUACAUGUUAUAUGUUUUUAUGGAUUCUAUAAAUUGUACAUUGCACAGUAGCGUUAAAGUAUUUUUUCUGUUCGAUUACAUUAUGGUAAAUUACAGAGUAGUAGCUAUUUAGGCUUAAGAUUAUUCUUUCUAUUCUUCCGUUGUUCAGCAAACUGGACAGCUUAGACAGUUGAUAUUGAGCAUUGUUGGGUUAUUAAUAGCACAGCAGCCCGAUGUUUCUUGCAGAGCAGAUAUUUGUUCCACCCUAGGUAGUGCGGACUGAAUCAAAACGGCUGUCAAAAAAGAUCCAAUUGAAAUGUCAAAAAAGAUCCAAUGAUCAGGAGUGUUAUUUUUCUCAUGAAAAUCAACACUAUGAAAAAGGUAUUGUUAUCAGAGGCAAAAAUAGUUAAACUUAUAAAAUGAACGAACUACAUUUUUCCGUCAAUUUUUCAAUUGACCAUUGCAUCUCUGAAAGGACAUCUUAUAUUGCAAGGUAUCAGAACCUGACAGAAUAUAAACAACCUACGAAUAACGCUUAGUUCACUCCAAGAUUUUAAUGUGGGAGCAAAAUUCAACAUCGGCGAAUUUCGAUACAUACAUACAUAGCAAAAGUGAAAUGUUUAGAAGGCGUUAUUUUCUAACGUCGGUGAAAACAGCUUUGCUAAUGAAGUUAACCGAAUGAAAUCCACUUGAUUAUGAUCCGCUAGUCCUGGUGAUGAAUGUACCGCUAAAGCAUUCAGCGCUUUGUGUUGAUGAUGGACGUUAUCUUCUGAGUCAACUACCGGCUUAAUUAUGGAGAAGGCAUUACGGUUUCUCACGAGGUUUCUUUUCCGGUUGAAAUGUAAUGAUGUAUUUGUAACCUGUAAAUGUGUUUCAAAGGUUUGCUACACUUUUGGUUUUCAAUAAUUGAAACAUCGUACUUACUCCACAGAUACGGGAACCCUUAUUCGGAACUAGUUUGUCGUCUCCGCAAAAAUCAACCCAGCGCGACUGUAAAUACGUUUCCGAGGGUAUACGAUAAAAGCUAACGCGAACAUUUUCACUCAUAUUCGGGCAGCCUUUCACUGAGCAACACAUUUUUAAUGUCCACUUUUCCUGAUAUAACAUUUCUCCGAACGAAAUAAAAACAAACAAAGUCACAGUCACGUAAAUGUUUACUCCUGCGAUUUGAAAACAUUCGAUGAAAAGUGAAACGAAGAGUUGCCAGAUGAUUUUUAAAAAAAAGUCUGUAAAAAUAUGUGAAAGUCUGUUAAAAUGUGGAAAUGUCUGUAGAAGUGUGCGGAUCUGUAGAAAUGUCUUUUAACGUUAAUUUUCAUAGAUUCAAUCAUAUUUUGUACAUCGCGAUGCACUUAAGAUUGUAUUUUGUAUAUUAUUGUAUAUUUUGUAUAUGUAUAUUUUGUAUAUAUACAGCCAUACCAUGCCAAACCGAUAUAGUGGUUCUCAGAUUUCGAUGAAAAGUGGUAGUUUUGUUCUUUAUCGCAAAUGAUUAGACCCGUAUUUUUUUUUUUCGUUAGGGUGACCAUUUCCAUUUUAGGGUGGUCCGAAAAAUAUUUUUUUUCUCAAUUUUUCCCAAAGCUGACUUUCUUUUUAAAAUUCAUAAUUUCAGAGCCACUGAGCCGGUUUAGAUUAUCGGCAUAUCUAAAUAAAGACAAUGAGCUAGCUUUUUAUUCAAAAAUAUCGAAUUUGCAAAAAAAAUGGAUUUUGUUUUCGUAAUUAUCGAAUGCGUUUGUUUUUUAUUGUUUUUAUGGUUUUGGACUAAGGGGCGUUAUAUUUUUUAUAUUUUUCUUGAAAGAUGAGGCUGUUCUACAUAACAUAUCUCGAUUUAAGAGAUGCUUUUUUUUCGUUUUUGAGAUAUGAUUCUUCAAAGUUAGCAUGUGGUCCGAAAACUAAUUUUUCCCCUUGAGAACGCAUGGAAUGGCUGUAUGUAUAUAUAUACUACCUGACCCGGCGAACUUCGUCCAGCCCAAAAUUAUUGUUUUGAUAUGAUUUCUUUAGAACGAAUUUCUAAACUUUUCCUCAUCAUAACAUUGCUCUAUGGGUAGAAUACAACAAAUACAGCAAAAUGAAGAUGGCUCAAAAGAGACCUUUCCUUCAUCGGAUUUUGCGAUUAGCAUACAUUUGGUCUUCCAUUUUGACAAUGUUUAUUUAUAUAGAUAGAUGGAUAGAAGAUAUAGGAAUACGUUGUUUUGCAUGAAAAUCCAUUUCCACUUUCGAACAAAGAUCAUCUUCGCUAGUGCAAAUAUCGAAUGGCCUAACAACGCUCAUCAUGUUGUAAUUUUAGGUGAUAUGGGAAUUCAAUUUUCCAAAUUUUUCCGACAUUCUUUCAGAGUUUUCCGAUUUUUUCGGUUCACUAUAUUGAUCUACAGAAAAAGACAAAUACAACAAAAUAAAGAAUCCUAAAAUCAGGCCAUCCCUUCUUCGGGUUCUCCGUUUACGAACAGAUUUGGCUUUCCAUUUUUAGAUAGAUAUAGACUUACAAUGCGAGGUUGAAGGGAUGCUCAUGAACUGGGAUGAAACGAUCUCCGUUAUUGCUUGGAUGUAGUCAAUCUUAAUAUUACUCAAAGAUGUUCAGUCAGGGCUUUGAGAAUCCACUCAUUGUUGUUUGCUCAAAAGAGACUCCUCUAGGAGAGUCAUUUUUAAGGAAAUUAGCGACGCACAUGUUGCCGUCCACACGUUUGCUAAAAUAUGAUUCGCUUGGCGCCGGUAGCGCUUAUUCGGAUUAGUUUGUCGCCAGUCGUUUUUGACAUUAUCGGGCAAUUACAAUCUGUUAAGUUUUACCCAUCUCAUCGAUAGUUCUCAUAGGUUCUCGACUCUGUUCCCUCACAGUCAUGAAAUUUCGAAGUGUAGUAUAGUAAAUGUAUAGCAUGUAUAGUGAAUGAAUGCAAUUUUUCAUUCAACGUGAAGAAUCGUAUCGUCUCUUUCGCCUGCAAUGAUGUCAGGGCAGAAGUACUUAUGAAAUCAUAAAAAACGUAGAUGUGUACAAGUUAUUGUUACCAAACAAAACACCAACAGAAUGCAAAAGAUACUGAAGUACUGUCGUCGGCCACUGAGCGAUACUAUGCUCACGACAUCACUGCGGUGCGACCUAUUUUGCGAAUGUAACCAUUGUGGUUACGCCGGACAGCAAAGUGUUAAUGGAUGACUCAAAAAAUAGGUCUAACGUCAUGUGUUUUGAUAUAAACUAAAUAUGACAACUGUUCAUUUAUUAAAAAUAUAUCAUACGGUGAUUAAAAUAUAUUUGAUGUGAUGAAUAGAGCCUCUCAUUUUUCAUAAACCUGUGAAAUAUUGUUAUAUCCAAAAAGUCUGCAACAAAAAUUAAAAGUUUCCACUGAUCAUUCAACAAGAGCCAAAGGUUGUACCGCUCAUGACAACUCUACACGAACUGAUGAUUGCGCCGGCUAGUGACCAUUCUAUCCUGGAUUCCUCGAGUCGAGAAAGACGCACCACGCUAGAUAUGGGGUACAGACUAGGGGGGCGUUGCUGAUUAAUGGUCAGCUGCAUCCCAAUAGGAAGUAUCCCGGGCACACGUACAGAGCAUUGGAGACAGCAACAUCCCAAUUACGAAAACACUUGUAAUACUAACCUCGAGCCAACCGCGAGUAAUCGGUUACAUAUUACUAACAUAGAUAAUAAGAAAAAUUGUAUUUAACUCCCGGCCCCGUGAGGCUAACGCCAUAUGAGCCUUUAUAAAAAUAUAUAUUUUGGAAAAAAAAAAAUUAAAAGUAUUUUGCAGAUAUGUCUGUGAAUUUACAAAAAUAUCUGUAAAUCUGGCAUCUCUGGUGGUAUGAGAAUUUAUUGCAAGAAAUCACUUGAAAAAAUGCAUGGAUUUGCUUGAAAACGAAGCGAAUUGAGUCCGCACCACUUAGGUUCCACCGUGGACCGAUCUCCUCCAUCGUUGAUGAUUGUUGCGUGAACGUAAUUAUUCUAUAACAACACAAAGAUGGGCAAUUGAGGGCUUUCAGUUUUGAACUAACGAUCGAUCGCUUAGUAAGCGAACGCGCAACCAAUGUGGCAACGAAGUACGCCAUGGUAAUAGUCACAGACAAAGAUGCGAAAGCACGCUUCUCACAGCUACUCAAAGCGUGUCGUGACAUCAAUACUGUCAAGGUUUCAACAUGUUGCAGUUCCGUCGAGCGAUUUGGUAACAUGUUCUGGAACAGGUUCGAUUCUAAAACAUGGCGUCAUAUCAGGGAGCUGGAACGAAUAAAAUGAUGAUUACCAAGACGGCAAACGAAACAUGGAAGUCUACUCCCGUUAGUACACUCUUAGAAAAAAAAGUUAUAUAUAUCAAGAUUUUGUUUUGGUAAAUACACCGUGGAUUACCAAGAUGCUCAACACAGUAGUUGAUCGCAGAAGUGGGAGCAUGAUGAGUGAAGUGUGUAACUCUAAGCAUAGGAAUAGGGCUCUCAGGGUCGCUUAUUCCUAAGCCGGCUUUCUUCAAACUUGCUCUUCUAGCAAACAGGAGCACUUUCCACACGCUUACACAGCUCAAAGGUCGAUUGAGGACGAGGGCUGACGACUUCUUUCAAGUCCGGAGAACGAAUACAAACCAGGGACAGUGGUUGCAGAGGAAUACAAUUAUAUUUUAAUUAAUACAAUUUUCCUUCUCGCUUUAUUCUUUCUUCCUUCACUUUCCUUUUUCAUAUACCCCUAUUUCAACUAUUUCCUGUUCCCUAUCGUUUUCCUUACCGAGCUUUCUGUUUUUUGUAUGUGUGGGUGGGAACAAUGUUUUUUCUCUUCCUAAUUGGCAACCCCGUUCAUUGACGAUAGAUCAACUGGACAGUGGAUCGCGGUGGGCGUUGUUUACCCAGGACUCAAACCGUUUGUGAGAGGGACAAUAUCAUCCAGCAACCGGCGGCUAGGAAUGCAUUUAUUUUUAUACAUAUAUUUGGAAUUUGGGUGAAGCCCAAACUGCGCCUGGAACCAACAGUUACAAGUGAUUGACAUCCCCACAAGGCUCGAUGUUACAGUUUUUGGCUCAUUCGAUUCAUCACAAUUGAUACUCGUUAUUGCAGAUUGUAGAGAAUACCUCAAAGGUCGAAAGGCAACUGUGUAAAAUGUGCUAAUUAUAAUAGAUAUGAUGUGACAUGUACACGAUUAAAAUUCUACUCUGUUACAGCUAAAAUGCUAAUGAGCCUAAAAAAUAAACAAUAAAGGGAUAAAAAAAACCGAUCUCUCAAUCCACUAAAGUCGGGUGUUCGAAAGAUUGAUAAUGUUGAUGGUUUGCGUGGUUUUGUCGAAUGCGACAGACACAUCGACAGCCAAAUAUAUUCCAAGAUAAUUUAUUGUUUUUUUUCUAUCGUUUGAUUAAACGGUUCUAUCAAAUAAGCGUUCGAACUCUCUCAUUUUCCGCUACAUGUUCUAUAUAUAAAUUUUCACUCCAUGUCAUCCUAUUUUUACGCGGGGGAUACGUACCUCGUAAUAAAACCGCGUUGAUUCGAAAAUCCACGGAAAACAUUCUUGUAUGCAUUGAUUUUGAUGUGAAUAUGUUAUGUAUUUCAAAUGUUCAUAUCGGAGGUGCAUCGCUACAUUUCAAUUAUCUUAUGAUCAAUUGAAUUUAAAGUAUAUUCGUUUCUUGAAUAGACACGAUUAUUCUUACCCUCAAUGGCCGAUCAACAAUUCCAUCCCGCAGAUACCAAUAUUCAUGGAUUGGUACAAAAUAAUGUUCACUAACAAAUCAAUGUGAAUAAAAAAUAUAUACUGCUGUUGACUACUUUACGACAAUAACAACCGAUCUCUAGGGGGUCUCCGUAGCCACGUUCGCUUAGUAAGCGAUCGAUCGUGAGUUCAAAACUCAGGGCUCUCAUUGACCAUCUUUGUGUUGUUACAGAAUAAAUAGUCCACGCAACAAUCAACAGCGUUGAUUGUCGAUCCACGGUCGAAAUAAGAUCGAUUCAUCCAUACAACUGCUCUGCUCUGCAAGACACAUCGGGCUGCUGUUCUAUAAAUACCUCAACAAUGAUCAAUCAACCGUAUCCGCUGUCCGGUCUAACUGGAUAAUGAAAGAACAGAAGGAAAACUCUUACGCCUACAUGGCUACUGUGUAAAUGUUUACCAUAUGCGAUGGUAUAGAAGGGAAUACUCUAACGCCGAAAAAUGGCAACUGUGUAAAAUGUGCUAAUUAUAAUAGAUAUGAUGUGAUAUGUACACGAUUAAAAUUCGACUCUGUUACAGCUAAAAUGCUAAUGAGCCUAAAAAAUAAACAAUAAAGGGAUAAAAAAACCGAUCUCUCAAUCCACUAAAGUCGGGUGUUCGAAAGAUUGACCCUGAAUAAUGUUGAUGGUUUGCGUGGUUUUGUCGAGUGCGACACACCGACAGCCAAACCGCAAAUAUUCCAAGAUAAUUCAUUGUAUUUUUUUUCAAUCGUUUGAUCAAACGGUUCUAUCAAAUAAGCGUUCGAACUCUCUCAUUUUCCGCUACAUGUUCUAUAUAUUAGGCUGUCAAAAAAGUCUUGCGGUAUUUUUUUUUGAAUUUUCAUUUGUUCAUAAAAUUAGUUACAAUCAUCUAUUUUAAGUCAAAUAUGCGCCGUUUUGUUCGAUGACUUGUUCCCAAAGAGAUGCCAACUUCAUAAUACCCCUGUUAUAGAAGCUCGCUUCCUUAUUGGCAAAAAACUCGGAUAGCCAAUUUUCACAGGCCUCUUUUGUGGCUAACUUCUGACUACCUAGCUCGUUCGCCAUGGACAAAAACAGGUGGUAGUCACUUGGUGCAAGGUCCGGACUAUACGGCGGAUGCAAAAGAACCACCCAUCCGAGCUCCCGGAGCUUCUGGUGCGUCACCAAAGAAGUGUGGGCCUGGCGUUGUCCUGAUGGAAGACAAUGCGGCCUCGGUUUAUCAAAGAUGGCCUCUUCUUCAUGAGUGCUACCUUCAAGCGGUCCAGUUGUUGGCAGUACAGGUCCGAAUUGAGCGUUUGGCUAUAGGGAAGCAGCUCAUAAUAGAUUAUUCCUUGACAAUCCCACCAAACACACAGCAGAACCUUCCUGGCCGUUAAUGAGGGUUUGGGCACCGUCUGAGCCGCUUCAGCGGGCUUCGACCACGACCGUUUGCGCUUCACGUUGUCGUAAGUGACCCACUUUUCAUCGCCAGUCACCAUCCGCUUCAGAAGCGGGUCGAUUUUGUUGCGAUUCAGCAGCGAUUCACAUGCGUCGAUACGGUCAAAGAUGUUUUUUUGCGUCAACGUGUGUGGCACCCAUACAUCGAGCUUCUUUGUGAAUCCAAGCUUCUUCAAAUGGUUAAUAACGGUUUGAUUACUUAUCCCCAGCUCUUGGCCGAUGCUACGGCUGCUACUAUGCCGGUCUUUCUCGGCUAAUUCAGCGAUUUUGUCGCAAUUUUCGACAACAGGCCUUCCGGAGCGUGGCGCAUCUUCGACGACCUCUACACCAGAACGAAAACGUUGAAACCAUCGUUGUGCGGUGGAAAUGGAAACUGUAUCGGGUCCAUAAACUGCACAAAUUUUAUUGGCAGCUUGAGAUGCAUUUUUGCCUUUGUCAUAGUAGUACUGUAAAAUAUGUCGGAUUUUCUCUUUAUUUUGCUCCAUAUUUGCGACACUAUAACUCACGAACGACUUAACCAAACAAAACACUGUCAAGGACUAUAUUAUAGCGCGCAAAAAUACCAACAAGCUAUAGUAUGACUCGAUACAAUUAAUACACCUAGAACUACGCGCUUACAACGACACCUCGCGGAAAUACCGCAGGACUUUUUUGACAGCCUAAUAUAAACUUUCACUCCAUGUCAUCCUAUUUUUACGCGGGGGAUACGUACCUCGUAAUAAAACCGCGUUAAUUCGAAAAUCCACGAAAAACGAAACAACACUUAUUACCAGCGUUGCCAAUGUUCCAGUUUAAACUGGAUUCUUCCAGUUUUUUUUUCUUCGAUCCAGUCAAACAUCCAGUUUUUUCAAAUAUUGUCCAGUUUUAUCCAGUUUUUUUAUAUUGUGCUUCAGUUUUACCUAUUUUAUGUGAAAUCAAUUCACAAUGUAUAAAUAUUAUCCCUCCCUCACCCUUUCUAUUCCUUAACCAAUUUCGUUUUUUGACAUUAUUCGUUCGAUCGAUCAAAGGGGUAUUUGCCUUGGAUCGAUAUUUCUUUUCUUGCACACUCUCAGUGUUAUUUUCCUCCUGCUUACAUUUCCGAAUUCAAUACGAUUAGUGCGCAGAGCGUGUGGUGUCUAUCCAAGCAGCAACGUUCUAGGUUUAUAUACAUAAUAUAUGUUCUAGGUCCUCCAAAACAUGCUGAAGUUCAGACCAAAUAUUCAUAGCAAGAAAUCUAACCCUAAAUGGUUCAUAGAGCCCGCGUGCUAUGCUGACUUUGAGUUUAUAUAAGCAUUAUAUGUUAUAGGUCCUCCAAUUCAUUCUAAAGUUUAGAAGAUCAUAGGAUCAAUGUGCUCCAUUGACUUUAAUUGAUAUGAAUAUUAAACCCAAGUAAUCUUGCUUCCGUUUACAUCCGUUUACAUCAAUCGACCCUUCAACGAAAUGAAAAUCCGAAAAUCUCAUGUGUCACAACAUGCGGCAAAGAUUAUUUUUAGGUAACCUAAAAAGGAAAACCUGUAAAAUUAAUUAUACCGGCUGUAUCUUCCUCAAUCGAAAUCCAUUCCAUCCAAUCCAAAAGAGCUUCUCACAAUUAACACCUGAGAAGGUAUCCGAGAGAACUUCUCUAAAAUCAAUCGUCCCGGCAAUACGUUAUUCAUAGCUUUAUAGUACUCCAUUCGCGACGGCGUAGAGUUAUCUUUGGGAAACAUGAACAGAUAACCGGAAGAAUUCUAAAAUCAAUCGGACCGGCGUUAUAUUCCGUUAUUCAUCUAUAUUGAAUUUCCAUCUCGAAGGGACAUAGUUAUCUUUCUGAGAAGCCGAGAGAACUCCUCUAGAAACAAUCAUCCCAAUCAUCAUAAUGGUUCAUUUCGCUAUUCAUGAGCUACAUGUGAAUAUUAUACGAAGCUUCGAAGUAAGGUCUAUUUCUCAGGCACUGGAAUAGAUAAAAAAUAUGUUUUGAAUAACUCAAAGCAGAACUUCUUAAAAUAAAACGAUUUUUCAGGAUCCAGUUUUCUUCCAGUUUUUUGAAAAAUAUUAUUGGCAACUCUGGCAACAAAUGCUCCGAGGGAGCGUAGAGGAAAAAUGUGAACUGAGAGAGAGAGAGAGAUGUGAUAUUGCUCAGGGUUUCGAAAACAAGAGUGUUAUCCCUGGAGAACAAGGUUUUGAACGUUAAUACCUCUUUGCCGACUAAACGGAGUGGUAUGAUAAUCACUUCAAUCGAAGAAUAAAAUGUCCAACAGUUAUAUGCCUGUCAAUUAUUGACCCGAAAACUUGUUUGAAUAGUAUAACAAUUGCUUUGAAAACAGGCUAUUGAAAUCACACAGACUUGUAUAUAAGCUGGCACUCGUUCGAAAAUCCAUUUAGUUGGGAUUUCGAUACGACAUGAGGAUGGUCUCGCUCACACGCCUAUGCAUUAUGCUCUCCUCUUUCAAUCACAUUUCUUUUCUGCAGCCGGAUUGUCCGAAAAAUCCGAAAAAGUUUGAAUUGAUGUAAUGAGCGCACUCUGAUGGUGAAUAAAUAAAAAGUGUUCUAGUAAUGUAGUAACAAACGUCAGAUGCCAAAAACCCAAAAUAUCUAUGUUUAAAAAAAAAUUCAAGUUUUGUUGUUUUUGAAAACUCGAAAAUUUUUCUUGUGCGUCUUUUGAAAAAUCAUUAAAAAUCGAAUAGUGAGCUGAUUUUAAAUAUUAAAGCUGAUUUGGAUCAAGAAAUUGAUGUUCUUCAACGAAUUCGAGUAAGUGUAUCGAGAUUUUAAUCACAAAUUUCAUAGAUUUCAUUCCAAAGUGAAAAUUCGGUAUGCGGGUAAUUUGGCACCCCAAUGUAAACAUAGUGUUGAUGAUACAUCAUGCUAAGUAUUGCAUGCCCAUGCAGCAAAAUUUUACUUUACUUUACUUUUUUGAUUAGAACUGAAUCGAGAUGAAAUUUGUUGACUUUAUCCUGAAAAAAUCGUUUUUUGUUCCUCUUUCUCUUUGUUUUGUAAAAUUGCAUGCUUUUUCGUCAAAGUUCAGUUAAUUUACGUAAGAUAGUGUAUCCACUUCUAUUUUGUAUGAAAAUGUCAAAAAAUACAUUUUUCAGUGAUUUCAGGACGAUUCUUUUAAUUUGAAAAAAUAAAAAAAAUGGGGUGCCAAAUUUAUACCCAGGCAUCUCGGGUACUCGAAUUUGAGUUGUUUCACUUCUAUGCUCAAAGUUCCGAGCCAAAUCAAGAUUUUUGAAACAGGUUUGCGGGGAAAUGUCCGCAAUAGAUCCCUUCAUAAGAUGACGUAAUAUGAAGAAAUUCCGAGCAUUGGCCAAAAGCUAAGUCCAAAAAAAAACAAAAUGGGGUAACGAAUUUGUACCAGGUCCUCUAUAAGAUUAAUAUACUUACUUGCUGUGGUGUAUGAGAGCAGACAAAUGACCGCAAAGGGUUAAUGGUAAUCAUUUCAUUGUACAUUUGCCACGCAAAAAUACACAAGUGCUACAUUCCAUUCACAACAUAACAAACUUUGGACAGUCCGAAGUGAUGUUGAUCGCUUGCUGGCAAGAGCAAGACUGUGUAAGAGAAAUCUUCUUCUUCUUCUUCUUUGUUUUUAAGAGGCUUUAAACUUUGCAGUUCAUUCGCCUCUAUGUAGGAGAAAUUGCAAACGCUCUGCUUUUAUGUACUGGCCCGUACCACGUUGUACCUACGUUUCUAACGGGCAGAGCUUAAAUCGCAAUACUUCUCCUCUUCACAGUGUCCGUUCACAUGGUGCAGUGUUUGUUCUCUACAUUUACGUUUCGAGAGGCCGAUUUACGUGCGACUGUUUGCAGUGGUGUAUAAAAAUUAGUUACUCGUUAUUGACGGUACGGGAAUUCAAUAAAAAUGGACAGAACAAAUGGAUGGGGAUGUGGGGAUGCUUCAUCAAUUGAUACUGUUUACAGACCAGAGGAUGUAGAGCAUAUCAAACAAAUAUUAAAUUUGUGAUUCGUAUUCUUCAAAAUCCGUUCGCAGCAAAAAUAGUGAUUAACGUUAACGUUGUAUCAUGGAAACGUGACCUGUUUUAUGUAUGGCACUCUUACUGAAAGACGCAGUCCUAAGUCAGAAGGUAAGAUAGCAAGAUUUUUUGGGCCAAAAACUCAGAAUUCAACGUAACAACUCUGCUGAUAUCAGAUGGCGUUUUGAUUGUUUCGCCACACUUCUUCAAAUUUGUGCUUAAACAUUGUCCAAUGUUUUUCGAUGGGACGAAGAUCUUCACAAUUUGGUGGUUUCAUACUUUUUCAAUAAUGUAUUAUUUCAAUAUUGUUCUGCUUAUACCAUUCUACGACAUCCUGGCUGUAAUGACAGCUGGCUAGGUCGAGCCAGAACUUCACAGGACCUUCGUGUGAUCGAAUGAACGGUAAAAUUAUCUUCUGAAGACCGUUCUUGUAAAGUUGUCUAUCACGUUUAGCAAAGCAAUAUUUUUUUUUGAACCGGCAUUAGUCCGAAGUCUAUUUUCACAUAUGUGUAAAGAAGUUGCUCAUAUGAAUCCACUGGACUGGAGACACCUCUAGGGAAAAGACGAUUCGGAUAACGAUAUGAUAAAUUCGGUGGUUUACAAUAGACUGACUGUUUAUAUUUCGGUUAAAGUGUUUGAACCUAAUAAGUUCAUUUUGUGUAGUAUAAGUGUUAUACGGUUCACUGGGUUCAACUCGUUUUAUAGAAAGUUCAUUACAAUCGGACACCCAGACAUUUACGAUGUCCUCAUCGAAGUUCAAUAUAUAUUUCAUAAUUCACACUUAAACAAAUUCAAUUGUUUUCUUCGUCGCUCAUGUGAUCUUCGCCGACUAGUUUUAUCUCAUCUAUCUCAGCAGUUUCACACCAUCUCUUCAUGUGAUCCACAGAGUAUACGGUCGAAAAAGGACGAACGUCAAUUCCCGGAACUGUAGCUACUCUGUAACGAUCAUUCGGCAGCACUUCUGUGACAAUAAAUGGCCCUUUGUACCGCGGUUCCAACUUAUGACUGCCUCCUGGAAUGUAUUGGUCCUUCACUAUCAGCACUAAGUCGUCCACUUCGUAACGGGUCGCUGUUCGACGUCGCCUAUCGUAGUAUUGCUUCUGCUUUUCUUGGUUUUCUCGCGUGACUCUUUCCACCCGAUUACGAAUUUCUUCGAUUGGCUCUGCUAACCGACUGUUCUCGGUGGAAAUGACACAGAUUAUUUCGUUCUGAACUAUAUCUUUCGGUUUAUACGACAGCACGAGUGAGGCUGGUGAUACUUUGGUGGUAGAGUUCGGAGCUGUAUUAAUCGCACUUUGCACGAAUUUUGCUUUCUCAUCCCACCUUUUAUCUGCCUCGUCCACCAUUGUACGGAGAGUUGUGAGAAUGGUACGAUUACUCCUCUCCACCUGUCCAUUUCCCCGAGGGGUUCCCACAGCUACCAGAACGUGAUCAAUUCCAUAGGCUUCACAAUACUGCUUCAACAUUUUUGCGGUAAACGCAGUUCCUCGAUCAGUAAUAAUACGAGAUGGCAAACCGAAAACACUGGACAUCUCUUCCAACGUCGUUAUCACUGAAGACGCAUUGGUGGACCUCACUGGCUUUACCAACAGGAAUUUUGAGAACCCACAAACAACGGCCAAGAUAUGCUCGUUUCCCUUGGCAGACCUAGGAAAUGGUCCUAGAUGAUCCAUGUGUAUCGUAUGAAAUGGUAUCGGUGUCUUCGGUAUCGGAUUCAGGAAACCUUCGGGUCUCCCUUGCUUUGAUUUGAAAUAAGCACAUUUCGGACACGCAGCAAUGUAUGUUCGCACAUACUUUCGCAUUUUAGGGAACCAAAAAAAAUCACCCAUCAUCUCCAAUACUUUCUCUUCUCCAAAAUGACCCUUUUCAUCAUGAUAAUUUCUCAGCAUCCUCCAACGAACAGCAUUCGGCACUACCCAACACAUUCGACCUUCUACCUUACGGUACAACCGAUGGUUUUCGCAUAUGUAGUUAUCGUGAAUCUGCUUAUCUUCAUCACACAACGGAUCUCGUGAGAGUUUGUUAAUUAUCUCGACCAACCGCUCAUCUUUUCUCUGCAUGCUCACCAAGAAAUCAGUAUUAGAGAUCUCCAACACCAUGAUGUUUUCUGCUACUGAUUCUAUUUCGGUCGGCUCUUCGAUCGGCGAUCGACUGAGAGCGUCAACGUGCCGCAUCCUCGUCCCUCCUCGAUGUUCAAUUCGGAAGUCGUAUUCUAACAAUUUCAAAAAAUAUCUAGCAAUUCUAGAGUUUAUAUCUCAUUUCGCAUAUGUAUAAUCUUGCACAAACCGCCGGAAAAAUCCGGACAACCCCGAAAACUGCUGCACUGAAUGAAUGGAAGUUGGAGUUGGAAACUCUGCCACAGCCUUCGUUUUCAGCUCACCAGGCCGCACACCAUCGGCACUCACUUCAAACCCCAAAAAACAAAUGGAUUUUUUGAAAAAGUGGCUUUUUCGCAAAUUUAUUGUGAAUCCUUCGUCUCCCAGAACCUUUAAAAGUUCUUCAAAACCUUCUAGCAAUUCUUUUUCGUUUUGACCCGGUAAGACCAGAUCAUCGAUGUAGGCGAUCGCCACAAUUUUUUUCUUCUUCAGAACUUCAACUAUUUUAUUCAUUCAUGAAAGACAGCAUAACCAUUAGCCAAACCAAAGGGCAUCCUCAGGAAACGGUAAUGGCCAUUCGUGGUCGAGAAAGCUGUAUAAAUCUGGCUCUCCGUAUCCAACGGAAUCUGAUAAUAGCCACUAUAUAAAUCGACUGUGAUGAAUAACCGUGCACCAGCCAGCUUCUGCAAAGACACCUCGAUGUCGGGCAUAGGAUAUUUGUCCUUGAUUGUCUUCGCAUUUAAUAGCCGAUAAUCAACGGCCAUCCUAAACUGAUUAUUUUUCUUCGGAACCAACACUACUUGGCUGUUGUAUGAAGAUUCCGUUUCAGCAAUAAUACCUACAUCCAGCAAUUCACUCACGAUUUCACGAAGAACAUUUUCCCGAGCGUACUCCAACUUUCGCGGUUUCAUGUACACUGGAACUUCGUCAGUGAGAUUUAUUCUCAUCAUCGUCGAUUUCGCACAUCCCAUCUCCUUCAUAUUGAGAGCAAAACAGUCUCGAUACUGCUGUAUCAUCUGAAUUAACCGUUGAUUCAAUUCAUCUUCUCCAUCACUAUUAAGCGAUUUUUGGUCGAUCUCUCUCCCAGAUUUUACUUCAAACGUGUACUUUGGGGCCACUGCUAUUUCUGCUUCUCGCGCCUCCGAUAUAGGAUCAGAAUACUUCGACUCCGCUUCAUCAUCACCAGUCCAUCCUGGUCAAUUACAUCCUCUCCCAAGAUGAUCGCCGUAUCCUGAACCCAUGUAGGUACUACUUGAAGUUCCACUGGCAGAAUAAUCCCAUCGACCUGCAGCUGAGCACAUACUUUCGAGGACACCGUAACUUCCUUUUUCCCAAAACCACGUAACACCUUGUGACUGGGUUUUAAUUCUCCGACCUUCUUGGCGAAUCUCUCCUGGAUAGUUGACACUCGACCGCCAGUAUCUACAAGGGCCUUCAACGUGAGACCAGCCACCUCUACAUUUUUGACAAAAGCGCUUUUUUGGUCCACCACUCGCAUCACUUUCGGACUUUGCUCUCGAACUUCCUUUCCUACUCCGGAACUCCUACACUCUCUCUUCAUGUGUCCCUCUUUUUUACAGCGAUGACAUCUCACUUUGGGGCAAUUUCUGGCAAUGUGUCCCAUUUCCCGACACUGAAAGCAGGAUUCGCCGAUAUGCUGCGUUUUUUUGCGGCCCUCGUCACAAUUCGCCGCUAGACCGGUAGAUACUUUCCCAAUAGUCAUGCCUGAUCGCUUGGCAUACGAUCGCAAGCCACUGGUAACGUACGUGACAAUAGUCUCUUCAGUAAAAUUACCCUUCCGUCCCACUGCCAGCAUUUCGUAGACGUACUCCUCUAUCGUUUCACCGAUCUUCCAUUUUCGGGACGACAGCAAAUUAUGGUAAUAAAUUGGAUGUUUAGCCGACGGGAAUCCUUUGAUUAUUUCAGUUUUAAAAUCUGCCCAGCUUUUAAUCGAGGUCUGACAACCCUCGAACCAUAAUUUGGCACAACCACCCAGACUCAAACGGGCACAGUGUAAACGUAAUGCUCUAGACCAACCAUACAUAUCUCCAAUUUCGUCAAUGGUCUUCACCCAAGCAUCCGCCGUGGGACACGACGGCACUUGUGGAUUAAAUGGGUUAACGUACUCCCUAAUUUCCCUGAAAUCGGGUACUCUGUCCAUUGUUCCCUCAUUACGAUUGUUGUUCGCGCCAGCAUUUGACGCCGACUGCCGACGUAGUUCGUCUAACUCCAACUUUAACGCAGCUAUUUGUGCUGUCAGAUCUUCCGCCAUUGCAAUUUUAUAUCGUUUAUCCCUUCGGUCAGUAACAAACGGUGGAAGGUCAGUGCCGUGUAAGCUUUGACGAAUAACCGAAUCUUCGAAUGUAUCACCUUCCGAUUCAAUGUCACUCAUAACACUAUAUCCCCGUAAAGGUCUCUGUCUAUACGUGGUUUUUACGACUGGCUAGGUUUCCCGACGAUGAAACGAGCUACGACGCGACGUUAUCCAAUACGAUUCCCGACGGUGGACUUCAGCACGACCACUCCCUGGUCUUCGCUCACUGAAUUGUUCCAACUUCGAUGCGAGCUAACCGAUACGUUCUCCGAUGACAGAACGAUCUACGUACUCACGAAACAUAAUCUUCCAACGUAUUUCUUGUAGAACAAUGCGUCCCUUUUUAUGUUCUAUUGUUCAUACACUGUCUGUCUAUUGCUCCGAAUAAUAACUGCCAUGUGCUCACCACAUGAUCACUGUCGUAUACUCAAUAGAUUGACUCCGUAGUGCUUCCAAAAGCUCCUCGUUUCCAGGGUAAUCUUUCCCUAAAGCAUCCUCACAAUGCGUUUUUACACGACUCGUGUGGUGCCUUUCUUCAGCCACUGUACAUCUCCGUACCACCUUCACUUUGGGUUGCUACCGUUGAAGAUUAGCAUAUUACACCGCGACUUCCAAUCGGUAUAUCCUUACGCCCCAAUCCUGUCUACAGGAUGUAAAGAAGUUGCUCAUAUGAAUCCACUGGACUGGAGACACCUCUAGGGAAAAGACGAUUCAGAUAACGAUAUGAUAAAUUCGGUGGUUUACAAUAGACUGACUGUUUUAUAUUUCGGUUAAAGUGUUUGAACCUAAUAAGUUCAUUUUGUGUAGUAUAAGUGUUAUACGGUUCACUGGGUUCAAUUCGUUUUAUAGAAAGUUCAUUACAUAUGCUCCGUCGCCCAUCAAAAUACAUCCGUUGUACUUGGCUAGAACUUGAUCGUACAGUUUCCUCGCAAGGUGUUCGAUUGAUAUCCUUCUCACAUACAGAUUCGCCAAACUGAGCUUUGUGCCGCACUGAAUCUUUUCGCCAAAUCACGUCCGAAGAUCCUAGGAUUAUUUCGAACUACCUUUACGAUCAUCGCUCGCAGUUUUCGGUCAUAUGUUCCACUUCUACGUUUCGUUUGAUUUGUGCGAUCCAACGUCAAUGCUAACCGGUAACGUUUGAGCACUGUAUUUACAAUAGAUUUAGGAAAUUUGAGAGCCUUGGUGAUCAUACCUCGUUGGGGUUUCAACUUUAGUGUGAAGAAUUUUCUCGUCUCCCGUGUUCCACGAAUGAUAACUUUUCAACGCGUGUGUCAAUCUUAUGUCAAAAUGUAUACCACAAACUAAACAACCUUUCCAGCGCUGUCAAUGGUUUCUUGUCGAUAUAACUAGAGACGCGGCAGUAUCUAAAUAGAAGUGACCAAAUACUAACUGGAACAUACUUUUAAUGUUCGCGUUUCUAAAAUAUCUCAAACAGAAUAAUGCCUUCCUUGGCUGAAAAUUGGCUGCAGAUUUGUCGAUUUGUUCGAUUUUCGCGUUUUCAAAAUAUUAUUAUAUUAGACUGCAUUCGGAAGAAACCCAGCGAUAUUUUACGUCGCCGCGAAAUUAAAUACACGAUUGAGUAAAGAAAUUCCGUGCACAACGUUUAUUAUACCAGACAUUCCAUGCCAAACCGAUAUAGUGGUUCUCGGAUUUCCAUGAAAAGUGGUAGUUUUGUUCUUUAUUUCAGACUGUUAGACUCAUAUUUUUUUCUUUUUUCGUUAGGGCGACCAUUUCCAUUUUAGGGAGGUCCUUUUUCCCAAAAAUGCCUUUUUUUAAUUAUUUUAAAACUUUUUAAAAUUUUUAAAAUUAUAACUUUCGAAUCACUGAACCGAUUUAGAUGAUCGACAUAUCAAAUUGAAGUCAAUAAGCCUUUUGUUAAAAAAUAUUGAACUCUUAAGAACAAUGGAUUUUGUUUUCGUAAUUAUUGAUUGUAGUUGUUUUGACAUGGGACUAUGUCUUUGAUUUCUAUAUAGGGGAGUCACUCUACGAAAAAUGUAACGAUGUAUUAAGAGUUUUCAAACGCAUAUUACUCAAAAUGGUUGUUGCGACAUAUGUUGUGUUAUAUCUCAUUAGACAGGAAAUUUAUCCAGGUUUUUUUUGCUUGAAACAUGAACAGUGAAUAUAGUAAAAAAAGUUAACAAUUUGACGAUUCAAUUGGGUAUGUUUUCUUUCGUUUGCACUAUCCACUUGCUUCCUCCCCGACGGAACGAGCAAUCUUUUUGCCUAAAUUCGGGCGUUAGCUCAUAAUGUGAGUUGAUGCGUAAAAUGAAUUGAGGGGCUCAGAAUGCAAGGGGUGUAAGUGAUUUCGAUUUCUCUUCAUAAACUUUUUAUUUAGUUAAUAACUCAACUGCAAAAACUUUCCAAUUUAAGUUUGCUAUAGAAUCCGAUAGAUGAGGUUCUGACCUAUUUUCCACGUUGGUAAAUACAGCUGGGAAUGUAUUUGCAGCUAAGUUAUGACCCAAAGAGAGAGUCGAUGUAGAGAAAUCGGUCAAAUCACUUACACCCCUUUCAUUCUAAGCCCCUCAAUUAUUCUCCAUUUACCGAUAAUAGGCAUUAAUUUUAUAUUAUAUUGUAUGUUGUCCAAUCAAUUUAUACUCAAUUCAUGUUUUUAACGUGUAGGUCUCACUACUAACAAUUUGUGUAAUUGUGGUCCAGGAUGUCAUAAUAUCGAGUAUGCUGUUUGGUUAUGUGAAAAUGCAAUAAAUGAAUUUAAAUGGCUGCUGAUUUAGAAGAUCGAAAGGGUAUACCCACGUAAAUAAGAUUAUGAUAGCUUGAGUAGUCGCGAUCUUACAUGGCUAUGAAGUUAUUACAAACAAUGUUCCGGACAACGUGGUAACGAAGGAGAUAAUGCUAUUUUUACCUAUAAUAUAUUCUGUAGUCAUAGAUUGAUUUGACUCAGGCUCAUAUUUAUGUAGGUCUUAACUAUUUAGACUUGUGUUUAAAAAUGAUACAUGAUGACUCUUUGUCUUCUUCUGCAUGAUUGAAUAAACAGAAGAAAAGGGUAGUAAUGGCUUUAAUGGUAUUUUUAUGUACAUUUUUGAACAGAAUGCGGUACCGAAUUCUACCACGUUAUGUCAUCUAACCCGUUUAGAGGAUACAAGUACAUACAGGAAACGGUUUUUCCUGGCCAUCCAUUUGAUGUAUCAAAAGAGAAAAAAAUACAGAUUUUGAACAAUGAAAAACUCAAUUUAAAUGCAAUUACUACACACAAUCACAGUCCUAUGUCAAGAUCCCGUCCGUGCCCCUAGGCUCAAACCCAUCAUCUUUUUUUUUUGUUGUUUUCAUGGCUUUGGGCUAGAGGGCGCUAUUUCUUUUUCUCUUGAAAGCUGAGGAUUUUUAACAUAUCUCGAUAUCAGAGAUGCUAUUUUUUUCCUUUUCGAGAUAUGAUUUUUCAAUGUUAAACGGUGGUCCAAAAAAUCAUUUUUUCCCUUUUAUCCAAAAAUGAUUUUUUGCAAAAAUUCAUAACAUUCAUAACUUUUAAACCGGUUCAGUGGCUUAAAAGUUAUAAAUUUGUAAAAAUGUCAUUUUUGGGAAAAAGCGGAAAUAAUUGAUUUUUCGAACCACCCUAAAAUGGAAAUGGUCACCCUAACGAAAAAAUAAAAAAAUGCGGGUCUAAUGUUUUGUGAUAAUUAACGAAAUUACCACUUUUCACGAAAAUCUGAGAACCACCAUAUCGGUUUGGCAUGGAAUGGCUGAUAUGUUACAUUAUUGUUAUAUACUGAACUAUUAAAAAUUUACCAAGUGCGAUUAGUCACUAAGAUGGUGUUUAAUCUUCAUAUUCAGAUCCACAAUACAGCUUCAAUCAGUAUUCCAAAAAGUACAAAAAAACCAUAAAUUAUUUGGCUACUAUUCAAGAGUCAUUAGCAAUCAUUAGCAAAGGAUUGAAUCCCCAAAACAAAAAGGGGCAAUAAAUCAAACGGACAAACGUCCGAAUAGUCAAAUGGCAAAUUUCAAAUAGCCGCGCGUAGAAUUUCUAAGUCUCCUUUAUCUCCAAUAGUGCAUAGAAAUUCAAUAUCCAGUUCGAUUGUCCAGUCAAAGGGAACCUUUAUUAUAUCCUAAUUCAGUUGAGUCGAUAGCCACCGGUCAGCCUAUAUAGCGCUGUAACAUGAAGGAAAAGAACACUUGAAAUAAAUCUGUCGAACCAAACGCAUCUCUCGUAUUUUAUCUCACAAAGAUCUAAUCCUUUUGUCGCGCAUUUGAACCGCUUCUUGCCGAACAGUGUCGCAAAUAAAUUUACAUUUGUCGUGUCGAAACAGAUGACUUCGGUCCAUAUACCGUAAUCCAGCUCAUGGUGUAGCAGAUUCAAAAUCUGUGGAAAUCCGACGGAAAUGUUGUUUCCUGGAAGCUCUCAUAAUUAAUCGAUACUUUCCGUGAUAAUAGUACAUAUUGUUUUACCUCAUCUUUUUAUUUGGUUUUAUUUAAUCUCUCAGAAAAAAAACGUGAAACACGUUGAAAAAAAAAAUUUACAAACCCAGUGAUAUAAGCAAAUGCAUGCUGAAUGUUUCACGCAAACACAGAGCAAGAAAUAAACCAAAUCAAACACAAAAUCAACCUAGAAAAUGAAUGAAUGUGAAAAUGUUUUACUCAAUAGCAAACUACGAAUCAAACCGUCAACUGCAUUAAUAUUUAAGGAAAAAAGGAAAGGGGUGAGCAGCCGCACCAGAACCAGGGAGCAUACGAUGUGCAAAUGCUGCAUUUUAGUAGACAACCGUGGUCAAUCUCGAGUGAAAUAGAACCGUUACCGUCCUUUAAGUUCACUGCAAGCUGCGUGUCACACAGUUACAGACAGAUAAAACAAACUCAUCGCAAGAAAUAGUCAGAUAAAUGCAACAAAUUUUAACCCAUCGGGAGUGAGCAGCAUUUGCGAGGGAAAGUUUAUAAUUAAAAAGUUCGACGAUGAAAUGCGCGAUAGGAACUAAGUGGUGUCAGUGAAUUCUCAGCAUGGCUGUUUGAAAGAAGUUUGUAUACAAAGUUUCUUGUCUUGCGGCGCUUCUGGUUGUCUGGUAAAUGAGAUGAAGGAAUCGAAAGCACGUUCGCCCAAGGGAUGAAUGAAAAACAAUUAGACAACAGUGUCUUUAAUGGUAGAUUACUUUUUGUAAUUGAUUGUUGAAAUGAUAAACAGGUAAAAGAUGUGUCAUGUGAAUAAACACUAAGCUGUGGUUCAAUUGA